CGAGUAUUAACCCCUUCAGAUAUGGAUAUUAAGGGUAAAAUCGCACUCGUAACAGGAGGAGCCAACGGCAUAGGUUUUGCCUACGUUAAGGAACUCUUACGUAACGGAGCCGCAAAAGUGGCCAUUCUUGAUUUGGCGACCUCAAAUGGCAUGGAAGUGGCGAAAAAUCUGAACUCCGAAUUCGGACAUGGAAAGGUGAUCUUCGUCGCCAGUGACGUGACGAAAACCAAGGAGUUCGAAGCCGGAUUCGCCAAGGCGUUCGAAGAAUGCGGUGGACUCGAUAUCGUGAUAAACAAUGCCGGGAUAAUGGACGACACGAAAUGGGAGCUCAUGGUCGAUAUUAACUACAACGGAGUUGUGCGCGGAACUUUGCUGGGUCUGAAAUACAUGGGGAAAAACAUGGGCGGCAAGGGAGGAACCAUUGUCAACGUAUCUUCAAUCGUAGGCUGCCAGCCGUCUCCCAUUUUCCCCAUUUAUGCUGGGACCAAAUACGCCGUUAUCGGUCUCACCCGAUCAUUCGCGGCACCAGAAAACUACAACAACACAGGCGUUCGAUUACUAGCAAUAUGUCCGGACGUUACCGAAACCCAACUUAUAACCAAGAGUGUCGGACGGUCGCUGAGCAUAAUAAACACGAAUUCGGUGACAGAAACCUUCAGCGAAAUGCAAUCAACGGAAAGCGUCGCCAAAGCUAUGAUGCAGAUUAUUCGCGAAGGAGAAAACGGCAGUUCUUGGCUGGUGACGAAUGCUGAACCACCCUGCGAGGUCGACAUUCCUGACAAGGUUGUGCGAAAGGUUACUUAUACCGAUAUGGACGUCAAAGGAAAAACUGCGCUCAUCACCGGCGGGGCCAAUGGAAUAGGCUUCGCCUACGCUGUGGAAUUAUUGCGCAAUGGAGUUGCGCGUGUGGCGAUUUUGGAUCUUGCAAACUCGAACGGCGAUAAAGCGGUGAGAAAAUUGGAGAAUCAAUUCGGAAAUGGGAAGGCGAUGUUCAUCGUCUGCGACGUGACGAAGGCACAGCAGCUUGAAGAUGCGUUCGCCAAGAUUAUCGAGGACUUUGGGGGACUUGACAUAGUCGUGAACAACGCUGGCAUAAUGGACGAUAAUCGAUGGGAACUUGAGAUAAACAUCAACGUCACUGCACUGGUUCGUGGAACGUUGCUGGGCCUGAAGUACAUGGGAAUAGACAACGGAGGCAAGGGAGGAACGAUUGUGAACGUCUCUUCGAUCGCUGGCGUAAUCCCAUUGCUGAUAUUCCCGGUUUACUGCGCUACGAAACACGCCGUCAUUGGUCUAACUCGAUCAUUCGGGCAACCUUAUCACUACGAGAAAACCAACGUCAGAGUCAUCGCGAUCUGUCCGAGCGUCACGAAUACGCAAUUGAUGACCGAGGCUGAAGAUCGAAAACUCGACGGCAUAACCGUGGAUGUGAUUCCUGCAGACAAGGCUUUGCUGCCCCUGCAAUCUGUCGAGAACGUGGCCAGAGGCCUCUUGUACAUUUUACGUGUCGCUGAACCCGGUACUUCCUGGCUUGUUGAGAAGGAAAAACAGCCAGAGCUGAUCGUCAUUCCUGAUGAACCCGUGACGCAGACCUAAGCCGAGGAGAAGAAGAAUCGGACUGCUUGUAGGAACCUGAUCCAACUGGAAAAGCUGGUGAAGCGCGUUGGGUGUGAAAAUUUAUGGAUGAAUGAAUCUGUAUGAACAGUUCUACAAAAGAACCAAAAGAACGUUGUACAAUUACUGUGUAAAUAAAACUGUGCCGCAUCAUUGGCAAACCCAAAA